AUGGUGGUGAUGUUCAAUGAUCUAGACGAAAUGAGUAUUCGUAAUGCUCCAGUUGAUAUUGCUCAAACAAAAAUUCUUCAAUAUCUUCGUACACAUAAUUAUGAUGAUUGCAUCAUCUAUAUUAAUCGUUUGAGUCCGUUAACAUUUCGUACAAUUCUUACAACAUUAUCAAUUGAUAUUCUUUUAACACAAUUACCAUUUUCUCUUGAAAUAUUUGAAGUAAUUUAUUCAAAAAUUUUUCUUCAUGAUCCCGAACAAUUUCCUAUACGUACAUUGAAACCUGAUCGUUUUCUAUCAAAAAUAUUGGGUAUAUUUGCUUCAGCAAAUAUCCCUAAUGAUCAACUACCAUCUCGAAAAGAAUUGGAUCUUGAUAAAUUAAUGACAAAUUUAGAGAGUAUUCUACGAAUUAUUACCUACGUUCAACCAAUAUUAUUCAAACGAUUAUUAAGGCAAAAAGAAACAAUUGAUAAUUGUCUAUUCUAUUUUGAAUGUCAUACGGUUCAGACAUCACCUACACCAACAUUAACAAAUCGUACACAAUCGUUAACAACAUCAUUAAAUCCAUUAAAAUUGAAUUAUUUACAAGAAAUGUUACGAACUGAAAUCGAAACAACAAUAACAUGUUGUCAUAAUGCACUGCAAAAAUUAAAUGAAUAUAAAAAAUUACAACCAAUAUUAACAUCAUCAAUGGAGGGCUACUAUUCUGAUAUGGAAAAAUUACAAAAAAUUUCAUCUUCACCUUCUACACCGGCAACAUCUACUCAUUCAACACCUAUUUUUAAAAAAAGUCAUCAACAACAUUUAAAUUAUUCUACUCGUUCAAGUUUUCAUUCAUUAAACGAUGUACAAACUCGUUUAUUUAAUCAUAAAUCCAUUUUAAACGUUGUUGAACCAUUUCUAUCGAAACCAAAAUUAUUUCACAUUAUUAAUAGUUUAAAUGAAAAAGUCAAUGUUGACAAAGAAAUUUUAUUAGCCUAUUCACAUAUUAAAACGCAAGAAAAACAAAUAACAACAAAUGAUGCCUUAUUGCCCUUAUUUAAACGAUACGCAUUAGCUUAUGAACGUAUAAUACAAUUAUGGCGAAAAGUGAGUGAUAGUACGUUAAUUGACGAUUGUGCUGAUGAUAUACAGAUUGUUAAUGGAGAACGAUUGAAUAUUUUAGAACGAGCUAGAUCUGGUAUGUAUUCAUUUUCAACAUAG